AUGGCGUUGAGUCUCGCGUCUUUCGCCUCAUACCUCAACACAUUUGAAUUCGAGAAGUUCCGGAAGACGAAAAAAAUAUUUAAAACAGAGGAUAUGCCCUUGGUGACGAGGAAGGGUGUAUAUCCAUACGAGUAUACGGAGAGUUGGGACAAUUUGGAAGAAGACGUAUUACCCAGAAAGGAGGGGUUUUACAGCACGCUAACGGAGAAGAACAUCGACGAUGACGAAUACCGACACGCGAAAACAGUAUCGUGCCACUUUGAUUGUAGAACGUUAGGGGAGUACAGCGACUUGUAUUUGAAAAUUGACGUGUUGUUGUUGGCCGACGUAUUUGAAAAUUUCCGAGAUGACGAUCUCCCGGAUUCAGUUUCGAGUGCAUGCUGAAGUACACAAAGAUAAGUCUGGAACUUCUAACAGACUACGAUAUGCCGCUGAUGUUUGAAAGAGGUAAAAACUUUUAUAUUAUUUUCCAUAACAAUUACAAUAUUAAUCGAACAAUUAUUAUUUUUUUUUUUAGGGAUACGCGAUGGAUCGGUGCAGGCGAGUAAACGAUAUGGGAAGGCAAACAAUUAUACUGUGGAAGACUAUGACAAAACUAAAGAAAAUGCAUGGAUAAUAUACCAGGAUUGUAAGUAUACAUAUUAUUUAAAACAACUAUAUACCAAUCACAUACUUAUAAUUUUUUACUGUUUGUUUUAGGUAAAAAUUUGUACGGGUGGGCAAUGUACGUGUGGUACAUGUCCCACGGCUGCUUCAAGUGGAUAGAGCCUACAUUAAAUGGUAUAAAUGAUUUAGAUGAUAUUUCGCCUAUAGGACGGGUAUAUGAGGUGGACAUAGAGUAUUCAGAACAUUUACACGAGGAUCACAAUAACCUUCCUUUCCUUCCAAAUAACGGAUUUCCACCUGGCUCUAAGGUGAAGAAACUGAUGGAUAUGUUGAAGGAGAAAAAAAUUUACAUUUUCACUAUAGAAAUUUGAAGCAGGCGAUAGCGAAACAGGCUAACUGUAAAAAAGGUAAACAUUUUUAUUUUUUUCUAUUAAUUGUAUUUAUUAUAUUUUCUGUAUUAUGUAUGUUACAGGUGCAUAGAGUAAUGUAAUUUGAACAGUCACCAUGGUUGAAAAAAUAUAUUGAUUUGAAUACUGAGAUGAGGAAGAAGGCAGCUAAUGAUUUUGAAAAAGAUUUCUACAAACUCAUGAACAAUGCAGUAUUUGGUAAGUUAUUAUUAUUAUUAAAAACUUGUCUGUUAUUAUAUUAUCAUGAUUUUCUAGGUAAGACGAUGGAAUCUUUGAGACUGAAAAUAAAUAUAGAGUUGGUAUCUAAUGAAUAA